CCGGGGCUGGGACAGAAGCUGAGGCGGCUGAGAGCGCAGCGCGGACUCCAAGGAGACGCCGGCCUACUGCCCGCCCGCUGGCCGCAGGUAGGCCGGCCCCCGGGAGGAGGGGCGCGGCCAGGUGUCCCCAGGUAGCCGUCUCCUCCCUUCCUCCGUCGGCCGCCUCCCAGUACCGAGGCAGGACCUCGCGCAGCGCGUGUUCCCCAGGCGCCCUUCUGCGGACCCCAGACGCGUAGCCGGUUUGAGCACAGGGACCACCCAGACCCUGGGGAGAACGAGGCCCGGAGCGUCGCAGAGGUUUGAGGGCGCCGGAGACCGAGGGCCUGACGGCCGAAGGAACCACCCCAAGACAAGACUCUGGCCCGGGGGCUGCUGGAACAUGUGCGGGGGGACACAGUUUGUUUGACAGUUGCCAGACUAUGUUUACACUUCUGGUUCUACUCAGCCAACUGCCCACAGUUACCCUGGCGUUUCCUCAUUGCACAAGAGGCCCAAAAGCUUCUACACAUGUGGGAGAAGUGUUUACAUCAAAAGAAGAAGCAAACUUUUUCAUACAUAGACGCCUCCUGUAUAAUAGAUUUGAUUUGGAGCUCUUCACUCCUGGUGACCUAGAAAGAGAGUGCACUGAAGAACUUUGCAAUUAUGAGGAAGCCAGAGAGAUUUUUGUGGAUGAAGAUAAAACGAACGCAUUUUGGCAGGAAUAUUCAGCAAAAGGACCAACCACAAAAUCAGAUGGCAACAGAGAGAAAAUUGAUGUUAUGGGCCUUCUGACUGGAUUAAUUGCUGCUGGAGUAUUUUUGGUUAUUUUUGGAUUACUUGGCUACUAUCUUUGCAUCACUAAGUGUAAUAGGCUACAACAUCCAGGCUCUUCAGCCGUCUAUGAAAGGGGUAGGCACACUCCCUCCAUCAUUUUCAGAAGACCUGAGGAGGCUGCCUUGUCUCCAUUGCCACCUUCUGUGGAGGACACAGGAUUACCUUCAUAUGAACAGGCAGUGGCACUGACCAGAAAACACAGUGUUUCACCACCACCACCAUAUCCUGGGCCCACAAAAGGAUUCAGGGUAUUUAAAAAAUCUAUGUCUCUUCCAUCUCACUGACUACCUUGCCAUCUUGAUAUAAGAAAUUUGUGUUAUUUGAUUGGCCGGGCAUGGUGGCUCAUGCCUGUAAUCCCAGCACUUUGGGAGGCCAGGAGUUUGAGACCAGCCUGGCCAACAUGGUGAAUCCCCGUCUCUACUAAAAAUUCAAAAAUUAGCCAGACGUGGCAGUGCAUGCCUGUAGUCCCAACUAGUCGGUAGGCUGA